AGAAGAGGAAGAGGAGUUAAGUUGGCGUUUAUUAAAUAAAAUUUGUUUUGUUGUUACUUGUUAUUGUUAAGUGGUUAAGCUAUGUUUAUGGAGCAACUCUAAUUUUAUAUAGUUUCGUGCGUUACCAUUGUGUGAACAACAAGUAGCUAUGUCUACGUUAGAAGACAAGAUUCUUGGGAAUAAACUCCACAACUAUUGUAGCAGUAGUGAAGGGGAGGACUCGGGUAAUGAAGAAAACAGUGGAGAAGACUCAGGUGCCACAGCUCUUCCUAAUAAAGGUAGGAAUUCCGUUGCAACUAGUGCAUGUGAACCAUCUAAAUGGGAUGGGGUCUCUACAAACACAGGUCCUAAAGGCGUUUUAAAAGAUUGGCAAAGGUUCAAACAACUGGAAUCAGAAAAACGUAAGGAGCAAGAUGCUGAAAGACUAUCUCUCAUGAAGAAGCUAUCCCUAACCUGCCGAUCUACACUGGAUGAUGAGAAAGAUAAGAACAACUUGGAUAAUGAUUUUGGUGAAUUAAUGUCUGAUGAAUUCCUUGAGCAGUUCAGGAAACAACGAAUGCAUGAAAUGCUUUCAAAAUCGUCUCUACUCCCCAGAUUUGGGGUGGUACAUGAGCUGCUCAAUGGAGAGCAGUUUCUAGCUGCUGUUGAUGAUGAAGAUAAAAAUGUUACAGUAAUUGUUCACAUUUAUGAAGAUAAGGUGCCUGGAUGUAAAACAAUGAAUUCAUGCCUUUCUGAACUUUGUCAAGAAUAUGUUCAAGUGAAGUUUUGUAAGCUGAUGAGCACAGCAGCUGGAAUGAGCAACCAUUUCAAGUCAGAUGGCGUACCAGCAUUGCUAGUUUACAAAGGUGGCCAAGUGGUUGGAAAUUUUGUGAGGGUCACUGACGAACUGGGUGAUGAGUUUUACGUCGGUGAUGUUGAAAACUUUCUGAUUGAGCAUGGUAUGAUAGUAGACAGGUCAUGUGUUCCAAAUAUUAUCUCUGGCCCGAAAGCGAAUGACGAUGAUAGUGAUGUAAGCUUGGAGUAAUUUAAGUUCCAUCUUUUAUUUAGAAGAGCAGUUACUUUUUUUACCUCUAGUAAAAUUACCUCUAUGCAACCCAUUUUACAUAGGCCUACCGGUAUUUUUCCAAUUCUUUUUUGGUUAAAUUAUUUUUAGGCAGAGGAUACGCGUUUGGUAAGUUAACCAGACGUGGAUUAAGUAGGCGUCCGGCAGUUAUUGUCAUAACCUAACCUAACUAACCAAUCUUGAUGAUGAUGAAAAAAUCAAAUGAAAAUUAAAUUCUGUUCAUAAAACAAGAUUAUAAAUGCUUCAAAUUCCAACAAAACAUGUACACUUACCUAGGAAGAAAUGGCAUUCUAAGCAAAAUCUUUGACAAAAAAGUAGUGACACCGAUGGGAUUCGAUCUAAGUACCUCUUGAUCAACAGCCGAGUACUCUAUCCACUACACCACGAACACUGACGGCAUUCCACCGUAUCGUUGUGUUAAUGGUGUUCUGGGCCCCCACAACCUGGCGACGUCACUGCCGGACGCCUAAUCCACGCUUGGUUACCGGACGCGUAUCCUUUGCAUAUUUUUGUUCUAAAUUUUUUUUGCUUAGAACCUGGGCUAAGUUUGUCAAAAAAUUUAUUUAGGCCUUUAAGCUUUGCGUUUUUGAUGUUCGUGUUUAUGUUAAAACAUACAGGUGUAUUUUGUGAUAUUGUAGGCCUACCUAAUUGCACGAAUGAAGAAUCUGCUUGUCUAACUUAUGUUUACAAAAUAAAGUUUACAAAAAUAUACCGGUAUGCAUAAAUUGAGCAGUGAGAAUGUUUUCAUUUUGAGCAACUUAGACUUUGCCAAGGCCCAUCCGAUUUAUGGGCUUUAUAUUCGACUAUCAAUGAAGGCAUGUUCAGAUCCACAAAUCUUUCUGAGCAGAGAUGAAUUACACGAUGUUAGACUCCAAAACUCAUGUUUUAGGCUACACGUUUAACUUCUAGGCUUCUUAUUAUGGACAAUACGAUAUGAAGUCUUGUUAGUUAAACCAGCGAAUUGAUGUUUGGUCAAAGGCCUAACUUAUAUAAUUUCUUUGAAAUCAAAGGUCUAUGUACAAGAGCUUUAAGAAUUAAUUUAAUUGGAAAAAAUCUUCUUGAAUUAAGGUGCACCAUAAUUUGUUUUAUUGUUUGUGGAGAAUGUGGUAAUGUAUUAAGCCUACAUGUUAUCUACAAUCUUUGACUAUCCAAAAGUCAAUGGUACAAUCAAAGCUAUGACUUAGGGAGGAUUUAACUAUUUGUUUAUUACAUAUUUAAGCUUUUUUAUAUUGGUGAGCACAUAAAGAAAUGGGCCCAAUAAAAAUGCUCUGAAUGCAAGUAAGUUACUGUCAUUUAUUUUAGUUUACUUGUUGAAAGUGAUAUUGUUUAAACUUGUUAAAUUAAGUUUAUUCCAUGUACAAACGUUUUCCACAAAAAUUACAAAAAAAGAUAAGUGUUUGACAACAUGGCAAUUGCAGCAACACAUUUUCAAUGUUCCACAAACGGAUCUUCUUUAUGUGUAAACUAGUUUGGAUUUAGAAGAUGUGUUGCUUUUAUUUAAUAGUUAGGCUAUGUAGAAGUCAAUUGUUUGAUUUUGAUUCGUUGUAGAUUAGAUUGCUUUUUAUAUUUUUUUAUUCCUAUAUAUUUUAAAAGUUUAUUAAUUGAUGUACAGUACAUUUGUUUUAGGUAUAAGAUGCAAUUUUCCACCGACUAAGAUAUUAUUUUAGUUUUAAUGUCGUAUGCUUUUUUUACUGUUGUUAGUUAUCCUAUUUAGUACGUUUGUUAUUUUUGGUCAACAAAAUUUAAUCUUUCAAGUACGGUACUUGCAGCCAGCAACUUUCUGUAUCCACUUCCCCUGUCUUUUAAGUAGUUUUAGUUAGAAAAUGUAUUACUUUCUUGUGUAGGCUAAUGACAAUAGAACCUUUAGAUAAAACUUGACAUUCCGUUUCCAUGUUAAAUUAGUCGUCAUUUAUACCACAAAAAAUAACACAGUUGAAUGGAUCCCCCCACAGUGAGUGCAGCUGUAAAUUUAUAAUUUCUGUUCAAUACACUGAAUUUUUAACCAACUUAAAAUGUUAAAAUGUGUGUGUGUUGUUUUUCUACAGUAAUUGAAAUAAAAACUUAAUAUAAUGCUAUAGUACAUUAACUUAUCAAACAUCACACUAGGUACCGAAAAAAAUAAGGAGAAAAUCUAAUUUUCCCUCUUCUUAAAUUAAACGAGGUUGGUGGUCUAUUUAAACUUUGUGUUGGCCUGUCCAGUGUCCAUCUAGUAAAGAAGGAAUCUAAAAAAGCAAGGGGUGAGCCAGUACAGUACAAAGGUGAUCUGUACUAAUAAAAUUUAGUCCAGAUAACAGGAUCCGAACCCACAACAUGCUGCCAUAGAUUCAAAGUCCGUUGUGCUACCGACUCACUAAAUUUUACAGCAUCCAGUGAGUGGUACAUUCAACUGUGUUCUAUUUUAACAAAAAAAAAAAAAAAUUUCUACAACCUAUCCAGUAUUAAUUGAUAUUGAUACGAUAUCUAUUGUUGUAUCUAAAAGUCAAUGGAAGAACUAAACUUAUUUGGAGUUCAUAAGUUAUUUCGUUAAUGUACAGUUUGAUACUCUUCCCUUCCUUUAUAAUUACAACAGGACCGUGCCAAUGCAAUGAAAUCAAUAAUUGUACAAUACUAGCUUUACAGAUUAUCGAGGUAUUAUAUUUUGUAAUCUAAUGAUGUUAUAUACAAUGCUGAAGAUGUACGUACUAUGUUCAUCUUUGUACAUUUUGUUCACAAGUUUUCUUGUGCAGAAGUGGACUACAUCUUAGGAUAUUCUUGUAUCUGAAUUUUUUAUCUAUUGAUUGUGAAUCAAUAAAAUAUCUUUUAUACUGUG